GUCAAGUGUAAUCCGACAGACCACAAACUACAAAGUUGUCAGUUGAACGGUGGAUUUUGUACGUAUGCCCUUUCUAGCUUGGAAUACUGAGCUGAAAAAUAUCUUAAGAAGUUUAUAUUCCUCCUGUUUCCACGGGUAUUAUGGAGUAUGAAUGUGGACUAUGCUAUUAUGGAAUGUGAACGCGGUGACUCUGCAGUCUGCACCGAUAUGAUGAUAUGCGGAUCACUUCAUUCGUUAAAAAUCUGCUUAACCUCGUUUUGUUCUACUUGGUCCCCAUUAAAUUUUAACAUUAAUUUUCUCUGAAGAAGCUCAUUCUUCGCCCGAAAGUGCGCUAUAAAAGGAAGUUUAUUAGGCAGUUGAUAUCCGUUUUGGAUGUGCCUGUAAAGUGUAAUGACAUGUCACAUUAUUAUCCAUCGAAAGCGUUCCUUUAUCGAAUCUACUUAAUCAAUACAUGAAUUACUUAUCUCCCUGUACCCAGUCUGAAUUGUUUCCCUUCGGCACAUACUGAGAUCCAUCGCUUGCGUAGUUUUAUUUGCCAGGCGUCGAAGUCGAAUCCGUGCGCAGGUGACACCGUUACUGAGAUAUUUGCUUCCCGUUGACACUGGCCGAUGUACGGUUCCCGCUGAGCAUUCUUGUUCCCGAAGAGUUACGACACCGGUUUGAUUUCGGGAUGAUGGUGGAUUGUAAGCGGCUGCUGCGCAGUUCAUCGCGUUUGGCGCUGGUGAAUGGAGUGAACGCGGCCCAUAUCCCUGCAGGAGAGACUGCCGACGUUUUCCUUACUGGACUGGGACUGAAUGCUCAUCUACGCGGCUUCUUCGAAGGACAGCGCGACGUUGAUGUAUUAGGCCGGAAGCGCUUCGUGUACGUCCAGCCCGACCCUGAGUUGGAUGUGGAUGACCUGGUGAAUGAUAUAAAUGCUCUGUUGAAUAACGCCGGUGACGGCGUAGUGUGCCGCCGCGUGAUGCAGCCUCGACAACCGCAAGCUGUUGCUGCUGAACAGUGAACUCUGAAUCCGGCCAGUCCAUUCCUUU